GCCGAUGAUGCCGAUGAUGCCGAUGGUGACGAUGAGGAGGAGGCCGAUGAAGGCCUGGCCGGGCGCUUCCUGGCGCUGGAGCAGGAGCUGCGCGAGGAGCUCCGGGCGCUGCCCCCCCCCGGCCCCCCCGUGACCCACGUGUACGACCCCCUGGACUACGCCUGGGACCCCCACAGCCACUUCGUGCGGCGCUUCCUGCGCUCCCAAAAACCCGUCCUGUUCCUGGGAAUGAACCCGGGGCCCUUCGGGAUGGCCCAGACCGGGGUGCCCUUCGGCGAGGCGUGGCACGUCCGCGAGUGGCUGCGGGUGCGGGGGGAGGUCCGCAAGCCCCCCCUGGAGCACCCCAAGCGGCCCGUGCUGGGGCUGCGCUGCCCGCGGGCCGAGGUGAGCGGCGCCCGCUUUUGGGGGCUCAUCCGGAGCCUCUGCCCGGACCCGCGGCGCUUCUUCCGCCACUGCUUCGUGCACAACCUGUGCCCCCUCCUCUUCCUCGCCGGCAGCGGCCGCAACGUGCCGCCCCCGGAGCUGGGGGGGCCGCAGCGGGAGCGGCUGCUGGGGGCGUGCGGGGCGGCGCUGGCGGGGGUCGUGCGGGCGCUGCGGGUGCGGCUCGUGGUGGCCCUGGGGCGAGUGGCCGAGCUGAGGGCGCGCCGGGCGCUGGCCGGGGCCGGGCUGGGGGUGCCGGUGCGGGGGAUCCCCCACCCCUCGCCCAGGAACCCCCGCGCCAACCAGGGCUGGGAGGGGGCGGCCCGGGAGCGGCUGCGGGAGUUGGGGGUGCUGCGGCUCUUGGGGGUGCGGGAGGAGGGGGAGGAGGGGG